AUGGUUCUCAAAGCUGUGAUUCUAGAAUCGGCUUUGGUACAGGAGGAUAUCCCUACGAAAACAACACUUGCGGCAACGCAGUCAGACAUGGAGAAGAUAACCGAGAUAAUAACAUUAAGGCUAUGGGUUACAUAUUGGUGCAGUGGCAAGAAAAGGAAUAAAGGAGAGGGAAAAUCUCUGCUGUAUGAUACCCAAAUCGCAAGGCUUAACGUGAGUAAAUUGGUCACUCUGAUUGUAAGCGAGAAACCAGUCUCCAUUUUAUGUCAGAUGGGGGAUUUUGGAUGUGGAGAUAGAGAUUGGACGCCUGUAAUGAAGAUUGACGGCAGCAAGGCCACCUUUCACUUUCGCAAAUCUUAUUGCACUGAUAAUAACAAAUACAAUCCUUCUGGAGGGGAAACUGGUUUUGACCGACUGGAAACAAAGCUGUCCACUUACUGGAACACANGAGACAAAUACAUCAAAGCCAUGGAGUUCUCUGAUGCAGACCAAUGCCGUCAUUUGAAGUUUGGUCCUAAAGGAGCUUUUGACGGGAAACGUCUCAAAAACCAUGUGAUCCGCAGUGCUAAAGUUAUGGUACAGGAGUUCUGCGAAACUAUGUGUCAUAUGGAAUCCAACUGUGUCAGCAUCAAUCUUGAGAAACAAGCGGGUGGAAAUGGAAAGUACAAAUGUGAAUUGAAUAAUGUCACACACCAAGGAUACGAAGGCGAUUGGGUUGAGGAGAAAAACUUCUUCCACCAUGCAUCUGAGAGUGCUUGUGUUGAAAGUCCUUGCAAGAACAACGCCACUUGUCAAAGUGGUUUUACUGAUAAAGGAUAUCGCUGUCUGUGUCCUGCUGGUUUCAUCGGUGCGAGGUGCGAAACAGGUAAUCAAGAAACAACUAGAGCGAAUGGUGAAAUUACAUUGCUCCUUGACUCUAAACGAGUACCCAUUUUCUGCCACAUGGAAAAUUUUGAAUGCGGAGAUGGAGGAUGGACGCCAGUCAUGAAAAUUAAUGGACAAAAAACCACUUUUGAGUUCGACUCUACCUACUGGCAAGAUAAAAAGGUGUUUCAACCUGAAGGAGGCAAGACUGGGUUUGACUCAAAAGAGACCAAGCUACCGACCUACUGGAGCACGCCCUUCUCCAAGAUUUGUCUCGGUAUGGAGAUCGACCAAAAACUCAGGUUUAUCGUCAUCAAUAAGACGGGCGACUCUCUGUACUCACUGAUCGCUGACGGGAAAUAUCGUAACACCGCACUGGGACGUGACACGUGGAAGAGCCUUGUUGGUCCUUCUGCUUCUUUGCAGCUCACCUGUAACAAGGAGGGAUUCAAUGCAGAUGCCUAUGAUGAUCCCAUGUAUAACAAAGACUUUUCCAAGGCAAGAAUUGGUAUCAUAGGUAAUGAACAGAGUGAUUGUCAAAGCUGUGAUUCUAGAAUCGGAUUUGGCACAGGGGGAUAUCCCAAGGAAGCCAACACCUGCGGCAAUGCAGUCAAACAUGAGGGAGAUCACGGAAAUAAAAACACUGAGGCUAUGGGCUAUAUAUUGGUGCAGUAGCAAGAAAAAGGAGUACUAGAGAGGGGGGAAAUGUAACUGGCAGCAGCACUUCAGCCAAAUGUAUGGAUGGUUAAAAAAACAGCAACUAACAAACAGACAAAGAGACAUCAAUAGUAAUGAAAAUAGUAA